AUGGCGGGGAUCCUCUGCGUUCUCGACGAGGUCACGUCGGGGCUCGAGAGGUUCCAUGCUCCGGCUCGCCGGAGGAAGGCCGAGCUGCGGCGGUGCAGCACCGAUCUGUGCCGAUCGGGCGAGCCCCCCACUGCAGGGCUUCAACUGGGAAAGGACCGGGGGCUGCCAGAGACGACGACGGUGGAGGAGAACCAGCGGCUGAGAAAGGAGCUGUCUGCCAGUCUGACGAUGCAGAAGAACCUGCAGAAGAUGUUCUCCAACCAGGGGAAGGAGAAGGAGAUCAUGGGGGGAGAGCUGGCGAGAAAAGCCCAGGAGCUCCAGGAUAUCGAGGAGCAUCUGAGCGACGUCAAAGCCCAGAACGAGAGGCUACUGGAGAAGGUGAGGCUCUGUGCCACGGAGCACAAGGAGAAGAAGAGCAGGGGAGGAGGAGACGCCCCCCCAGCCGCCUGCGAGCAAUACCUCAUCGACCGCAACAACACGCUCUCCGAGCAGCUGAUAAGAACGCUAGACGGGUACCGGGCUCUCAAAAGGAAGGUUAAGGAUUUGCAGGAGGAGAAGGCCAAGGUGCAGGAAAAGGUAGCGGAGAUGGCGGCGAGGAUGUCGAAGGGGUUUUGCCAUAUCCGGGACUUCUGCCGGCGGCUGGCGACGGGGAUGGGAAAUGCACCCGCAGAGGACGACGACGUGGAGGAGGAUAUCUCUUCCAUAGAGAACGUGCUCCGCGGCUUGAUGGCCAAUAUGUCGUCGGCGGUGGCCGGAAGGGUGGGGAACAUGGAAUUUCCGAAGGCGGUAGCUGUGGCAGAGGUUCCCACCGGCAGUGGCAAGCCGUCGGUGGUGGCAUGA